AAUUGAAAACGUAGUCAAGUGAGAAUAAACACGGUGAAGUAUAACCUGAAAAAUUGCGUUUUUAUUAUGAAGUGCUGUUUUUAAAUAUUUUCAAGAACAAUUUAAAUUAUUUAUUUUUAUUAAAGACUUACAUUAUAUAAAUACUAUGGUGAGAGUUUGUACUGUGAAAAGUUGCCCAAGUGGCCGGAAAAGUAAAAAAGUAGUAAAAGAAACAUUGUGUUCUGUGUCUUUUUUUCAAGCAAAAACCCCAGUAAGGUUACAACAUUGGUCCAAAUCUUUGGGUGUAGCGUUGAAAGCAUCCGAUUACAUUUGUCAAUUUCACUUCAAGGCAAAAGAUAUAAAUAUGUAUGCCAAGAUUGUCAUCGGAAAUGAAGUUCACUUACAUUCUUUAGGCAGAAAAGAUUUUACAGAAGAAGCAGUGCCGACGAUCGAACAUCAGUUGCAGCUCAAUCCUGAACUGCAGCAACAAGAUCAGCAACAACUAGAGCAAGAGCAACAUCAACCAGAUCAAGAGCAACAGCAGUCGGAACAAGAGCAACUGCAAUCAGAGCAACAGCAACUAGAACAAGAGCAACAGCAACCAGAACAAAUACCGGAAAUUGUAAAACCAAUUUCAUAUUUAAGAAAAAAAUAUGCAUUACUACCCCAGAAUUGGUCUUACGCUGAGAAACCUGACGCAAUGGAAUUUAUUCGGAUUGAUCCUGUGCGAAUGCAGAUCCAGAAUCAUAUAGCUUUAAAUAAGGAUUUCUCUAUUUCGGUAAUUUUUACAAAUUUUGAAAGAGUCAAUUUAAAUGAUAAAUUAUCUUCACCUGAUGAAAUAUUUGAUUAUUUAAAAUCUGUGGAAAAAUGGCCGUUAUGCGUUGGCACGCAAAUUGAGAAACAAAGAUACUCUAGUCAAUGCAAACGAGUAGUCAUCGGUGAUGAAGCUUAUCAAAGGAACCAAAUAAAUCCUAGAUGUAAAUCUUGCAGAGUUCUCCGAAGACGGUUACAGAGCAAGCAUAGUUAUCAAGCAAUGUAAACGGGGAAAAAUAUGUCUGAUUUAAUUUACGAAAUAUUUAUUUUUGAAAAUUAUCUAUUUUAUUUUAAUGUUUCAUCGUUUUAAUCGUGUUUUAACUAUCACAAUUACGAAGACUGAGCAAUUAAGUUUUAAAUGCAUUUAUUACUUUUUUAAGACUCAUUGUUUUUGAAUAUAUAAGCAGUAUUUAAUAAUUGUUGAGUAUUAAUAAUUAUGUAAGAAUGUUCUAUUUUUUUAAAUACAUUUAUUUACUCAA